GAGGGAAGGAAAGGGGGAGGAACUUCCCAAAGUUGCAAAACAUGGCUACCUUCCCUGCGGAGCCGAGCGCGGGCCCGGCGAGCGGGGAGGCGGCGGCGGCUGGGGCCGCGGACGAGGAGGAGGAGGAGGAGGAGGAGGAGGACGAGGGCGAGGGCGAGGCGGACGAGCAGACGGCGCGGCGGCUGCUGCAGACCCUGCAGGCGGCCGAGGGUGAGGCGGCGGCGGCCGGGGAGGGCGCGGGGGCCCCGCCGCUCGGGCUGGAGCCGCCGCCCCCCGCCGCGGCCGCCCCGGCGCCGGGCCCGGGCGGCGCCCCCGGCCCCGCGCCCGGCGGCGGGUUGCGCUUCUCGGCCGAGCAGGUGUCGUGCGUGUGCGAGGCCCUGCUGCAGGCGGGCCACGCGGGCCGCCUGGGCCGCUUUCUGGGCGCGCUGCCGCCCGCCGAGCGCCUACGUGGCGGCAGCGACGCGCUGCUGCGCGCCCGGGCGCUCGUGGCCUUCCAGCGCGGGGACUUCGCCGAGCUCUACCGGCUGCUGGAGAGCCGGCCCUUCCCCGCGGCGCACCACGCCUUCCUGCAGGAUCUCUACUUGCGCGCCCGCUACCGUGAGGCCGAGCGCGCCCGGGGCCGCGCGCUGGGCGCCGUGGACAAGUACCGGCUGCGCAAGAAGUUCCCGCUGCCCAAGACCAUCUGGGACGGCGAGGAGACAGUGUACUGCUUCAAGGAGCGCUCGCGGGCCGCGCUCAAGGCCUGCUACCGUGGCAACCGCUACCCCGCGCCCGACGAGAAGCGCCGCCUCGCCGCGCUCACCGGCCUCUCGCUUACACAGGUCAGCAACUGGUUCAAGAACCGACGGCAGCGCGACCGGACGGGCGGCCCGGGCUCGGGCGGCAGCGGGGCUUCAGCGGCAGCUGCCGCGGCGGCUGGGGCGCCCAGCAGGAGUGAGUCAGAUGGGAACCCCAGUACAGAAGAUGAGUCCAGUCACGGAGCCGAGGAUGUGGAGGCUGGAGCAGGAGUGGCCCCAGGGAGCACAGACGUGCCAGCUCCAGGUUCUGUGUUCCUGGCUGGGGCAGCAGCUCCAUCGGGACCCCCGAGUGCCCCGUCUAUACUGCUCAACGGGGGCUUCUUGACCACGGCCAGCUCCCCGGCUGUGCUGCUUAACGGAGGCUCUCUCAUCAUUAAUGGGCUGGCCCUGGGGGAGGCCCCAGGCCUGGCUCCACUCUUGCUCACUGGGGCUGCUGGAGGAGGGGGCCCACCACCCUCCAGCCCACAGGCCCAGGCUCCGCUCUCCUCCCUGCUCCAAGUUCCCCAGCCUGGAGACUCGAAGGCUGAAGAUGCCCAGCCUGAAGACGGGGGCUCCAAAGGGAACCAGGCAUCUGGGGAGGAAGCCCUGCCGCUGCAGGGGCUGUCCCUCUCCCAAGUGGUCCCAGGCCCCCAGCCAGCAGCAGCCUUCCCUCCUCCUGCCGUGGUGACGCCUGCUGGGCCGGGGCCUCAGGUGGUACCACUGUCACCCCCUGGUCCCGUAGCUCCCGUGCCAGCCCCCCAGGUGGUCCCCCUAUCUCCAUCAGGCCCUGUUUACCCUGGGGCCUCACCCUUGGUCUCCCUUCCCCAAGUGGUGCCCACAUCCCAGGUGGUGACCCUGCCCCAAGGCGUGGGGUCCCUACAGCUGUUGGCUGGGCCUGCUAGCCCUGUCAAGGUGGCGGCAGCAACAGGAGCCACCCUGGGCCAGGCCAAUGUUCACCUCAUCAACCCAGGAAUGGGGGUCACAGCUUUGCAGUUACCUACAGCUGCCCCAGGUAACUUCCUCUUGGCAAACCCGGUUUCCAGCAGCCCUAUUGUGACAGGGAUGACGCUUCAGCAGGGCAAGAUCAUCCUGACUGCAACCUUCCCAGCCAGCAUGCUGGUCUCCCAGACCCUGCCGCCCACUGCCGCCAGCCUGGCGCUGCCCAUCAAACAGGAAGCCCCGGCUCCUGUGGCCGAGGGACCGGUCCUGGCUACGGUGGCCCCUGGCCCAGCCCUCCCCUCCUUCUCGGCCCAGGCCCAGGCGCCUGGGGCCCUAGGGGCAGCUGGCCCGGCCUUCUCCCCGGACUCCUCUGGCCUCCUAACCAGCGUCCCCAUCCCUGCUGUCCCUUCUUGGCCUGGGGGGCUGGAGUUGGGGGUGGGGACUGAGGGGCUCUUUGAGAUGGAGAAGGGGCUAGGAACGCCCACCCCCCAUGCCCUCCUGAGGCUGCCUGAUGGGGACAGCCUCCUGUUGGGGGACACGGGGGCUGAGGAGGGGGAUGAACUGGAGCCCGAGGACAAGGUCUUGACCCAGCUGCAGUCAGUGCCUGUGGAGGAGCCACUGGAGCUGUGAGCGGAUCCAUACCUCUGUGUUCUUCUCCCUUACUUCACUCUCCAAAUGAGGUGCUCUGAAGA